AUGCUACUACGGUAUACGCUAGCGCUGGCCACGGCCCUGCUGGCCCCCGUUUUCGCCCAAGAAGAAGCGUCCGAGUCUUGCAAAGCGGCGAUGCAGGCCUGCGAAGACGAUCUGGACUGCAACAACUUGUUGGGGCCGCUGGCUUCGGCUUGCUCCACCCUCACCUGCCAACCCCAGUGCCGUGCUGCCGUGAUGAACCUGUAUCAAAAUAAACUCGGACGAGUGUUGCUUAAAACUGACGGCUCAUGCGUGCACGGGCGGGACGAGUUGAGGCAGUGUAAUUUUAUGCCGAAUGGGAAGGUGGUGCAUUGCGGAAUUGCGAAGCUGGCUUGCGAGGGGGAUAUGCAGUGCCAAUCCAAACUCCAAGUGUACAUGUCGGAGUGUGAGGCGGAAACGGCACGCGGGGAGUGCUCGGGCAAAUGCCAGGGAUUCUUGAAACAGCUGACCAGCGUCCCGCACGGAAAACUCUUCGAGACGUGCACGUGCACCGAAAAGGAGGACCAGCUGUGCCGAAAAAUGCGCGAUGAAGUGCUGCAGCCGUGUGUUAAUCCAAAACCCACUCCUGGUCCGGAGGCGUCCACGCGAGCCCCUACUCGCCCAGUGCCAGCCCGAGCCAAGCCCGACGAGCCGUCAUCGGCUCCAUUUGUCCUCCCAUCUCUCCUCCUGGCCGCUCUGCUGGUUUACAGGGCCCUGUCGGCCAUCACCGAAUUC